AUGGCGAAAUCAAGAAGUCGGGCGCAGCAAUUCGCUGAAUGGGAAGAAAAACCUGCCAAAGACUACGACCCUGAAGCCGACGUCCCAGACGAAAGCGACGAGGCCGGCAAUAGCGACGAAAGCGCCAACGAGAAUGCGGGCACCGAGCAUUACGUCGCCGUUGGCAAAUCCAAGCUCCGGCGAAAAGAACCUGCCGCCCUCGGUCCUCAGUACCGCGGUUCUCGGGUGAGUCGUGACGCUUUGGAUCAAUCCUCCGAUGAGACCGAUGAAUUUGAGGACGCGCGCGAGGACCUUGACGAUGAUGCCGAGUAUGAUGAUCCGGACGAGGCAGAUCUUGAAAGAGACCAGCUCGAGGAUGAAGAGGACGCAGAGAUUGACAGCAGUCAUGCGUUUGGGGAGAGCGACGACGAAAAAUUCAAGGAGUUUACGUUUAGGGGCAGCUCACUGGUCGCGCCGGUAAAGGGGAAGAGAACUACAAGGCCAAAGGCUGCCGAUUUCUUGGAGGAUGAAGAUAUGGGCUCUGAAUCUGAGGAAGAAGAAGAUGAUGAUGACGAUGAAGAUGAUGGCUCGUUGAUGGGAAACCCUAUGUUCGACGAAGACGCCGAGGAGACUAGUGAUGAUGAAGGAGUCGAGGGUAGUGAUGAUGGCGAUUCAGACGGGACCGGUGAUGAUGAGGACGAGCCCAAAAAUGAAGGCGCUGUUCACGGUGCUUUUUCAUCUGGCGAUGACGAAGAGGACGACGAUGACGAUGAUGACGGCAGCGACGAGGAGUCACCAAAUAAAGCGGGCGCAUCUCUCCGUGGAAACAUUCAAGCAAUGAUACGACCUGAGCAGAACGAUGUCGCUGGGUCCUUGGCCAAUGCAAUGCAAAGAGACAUCGCGAAAGGCAAUGCAGUCCGCAAGCAGCGAAUGGCUUUCGACGCCGUCUUAAACGUUAGGAUCCGACUGCAAAAGGCAUUAGUCGCAGUCAACUCCUUCAGCGCCGUCGAGGAAGAGGGUGACCAGUCUGAACCAUACGAGGCAGCCGAAGCUGCUGCGGUCAAGCUAUGGAACGCUAUUGAUACCUACCGAACCGGGAUGCGAUCAACAACGGGAGAAAAGCGGAAACGCGCCAUCGAAGUCUCGAGCACCGCCCAGGAUAUAUGGGAUAGCAUGGAAGCUACCGAACAAGACGCAACUGUUCGUCGGAAACAUCUCCUCGACAUGUGGUCUAACAAAGUCAAGCAGAUGCGGACAGUUGAUGCCGCAGGGACUAGGAAGGACCGAAGUCUGGUCAAGGGCGAGAAGCUCUUGACCGUAACGCUCGAGGGCCAACUGCAAGACUCUGAGCGCUUGAUCAAGCGAACCCGUACACCUCGUUCGUGUGCCCCCAUCCAAGUCGGUCAAAAAGUCAACGAGGACCCAGAAAUCUACGAUGAUGCCGAUUUUUACCAGCAACUUCUCAAGGAACUUGUCGAUAAUCGCACGGCAGAUACGUCGGCUACUGGCGGCCAAGCAGCGACAGUUCGUUACGCGGUCACCAAGGAGGCCAAGACGAAGAAGCACGUCGAUACCAAGGCCAGCAAGGGCCGUAAGAUGCGUUUUAAUGUGCAUGAGAAGCUCCAGAAUUUCAUGGCGCCGGAGGAUCGUAGAAGCUGGGAGCAGAGUGCCAUUGAUCGGUUCUUUGGAACCCUAUUUGGGCAGAAGAUGAUGUUGUACGAAGAUGGCGAUGGCGCGGAUGACGUGGAUCAGGAAAUGGGUGGAGUCGUGGCGGAAGUGGAUGGUUUGAGGUUGUUCAAGUGA